AUGGAGCCUGUGUCAAUUCCUACACUUGUUGCUGGUCUCAUUGAUUGUGUCGCCCAGUUAAUCAGAAUAGCCGAAGAGCUUUUGGAGAUUAUGUCUCAGGAACAAGAAGCUGCUCCUGCACAACAAAAUGGUGAAGCCAAAGAGGCAGAAGAAGGUGCAUCUGCUCCUGAUGAUGAUUCCCUUCCAGAUCUCGCUGAUCUUUCCGACUUAGAAUCAAUACUUUCAACAAAAGAUGAAGACCUUGUCAUUGACGUGAAUGAAGCUAUGAUAGAUAUGAAUGAAAUAUGUGAGGGUUUGCUCCCUGGCAUACGGAAUGAGAGAGAAAGUAACUAA